CCCGAAGAUACUUCAUUUAAACUCGUACGGAAAACAAUAAUUAAAAAAAAAUGGGUUCGAAUGCACCGGCGUUGAAGAGGUCGGAGUCGAUAGCAGAGAGCAUGCCGGAGGCCUUACGGCAAAGCCGGUACCACAUGAAGAGGUGCUUCGCAAAGUACACCGAAAAAGGAAAACGGCUAAUGAAAGUUCACCACUUAAUGAAAGAGAUGGAGCAAGUCAUAGACGACAAAUCCGAAAGGACUCAGUUGCUCGAAGGAUUGCUCGGUUACAUCUUGUGCACCACUCAGGAAGCAGCAGUAGUUCCUCCACACGUGGCAUUUGCUGUUCGGCCUUCUCCGGGAUUUUGGGAGUAUGUUAAAGUUAGCGCGAACGAUCUUUCCGUGGAGGGCAUCUCGUCGACUGACUACUUGAAAUUUAAAGAGAUGACUAUGGUUGAGACCUGGGCAAUUGAUGAGAAUGCAUUGGAAAUUGAUUUUGGAGCAAUGGACUUCUCUAUGCCUCAUCUAACCCUAUCGUCUUCGAUCGGUAAUGGAGUCGGCUAUGUUUCUAAGUUUCUCACAUCGAAGCUAAAUAACAAUUCUCCGAGCGCACAAUCUCUCGUCGAUUACUUGCUCUCGUUAAACCAUCAAGGACAAAAUCUUAUGAUAAACGAGACACUAAACACAGUGCCGAAGCUUCAAUCUGCACUAAUAGUAGCCGAAACGGCGCUUUCUUCACUUCCGAAAGAUACACCUUUUCAGAGCUUCGAGACAAGGUUUAAAGAAUGGGGAUUCGAGAAAGGAUGGGGUGAUAAUGCUGAAAGAGUUCAAGAUACAAUGCACUCGCUUUCGGAAAUAUUUCAAGCUCCCGAUCCGUUGAAUAUGGACCGAUUUUUCGGAAGGCUUCCUGUAAUAUUUAACGUCGUACUUUUGUCUGUGCACGGAUAUUUUGGACAGUCCGAUGUUCUUGGAUUGCCGGAUACCGGUGGACAGGUGGUAUAUGUGUUGGAUCAAGUUGUUGCAUUGGAAGAGGAAUUGCUGCUGAGAAUUAAGCAGCAAGGUCUCAAUGUGAAACCUCAGAUUCUUGUGGUCACUAGACUAAUUCCCGAUGCAAAAGGGACUAAAUGCAACGUGGAAUUAGAACCGGUGAUGAACACAAAGCAUUCCCACAUCCUUAGAGUACCGUUCACGACCGAAAACGGCGUUCUUCGACAAUGGGUUUCUCGAUUCGAUAUCUAUCCUUAUCUCGAGAAGUUCACUCAGGACGCGACGAGGAAAAUCGUCGAAAUAAUGGAAGUGAAGCCCGAUCUAAUUAUCGGCAACUAUACCGAUGGAAAUCUGGUGGCAUCAUUGAUGGCUAGUAAACUUGACACUACCCUGGGAACUAUUGCACAUGCAUUGGAGAAGACUAAGUAUGAAGACUCCGACAUCAAAUGGAAGGAAUUCGACUCGAAAUAUCACUUUUCGUGCCAGUUCACGGCCGAUUUAAUCGCAAUGAACUCGGCAGAUUUCAUCAUUACAAGCACAUACCAAGAAAUCGCCGGAAGCAAAGAUAGAGUUGGGCAGUACGAAAGCCACACCGCCUUUACUCUUCCGGGGCUACAUCGAGUUGUAUCGGGAAUAAACGUCUUCGAUCCAAAGUUCAACAUCGCUUCUCCCGGAGCAGACCAAUCGGUUUAUUUCCCUUACACCGACAAAGCAAAACGAUUCACCGCAUUUCGCCCCGCCCUCGAAGAACUACUCUUCAACAAAGUAGAAAAUGCUCAACACAUAGGAUAUUUAGAAGACAGAAAGAAACCAAUUAUAUUCAGCAUGGCGAGGCUCGACACGGUGAAGAACAUCACCGGGCUAACGGAAUGGUACGGAAAAAACAAACGUCUCCGAACCCUAGUCAACCUCGUAAUCGUCGGAGGCUUCUUCGAUCCGUCGAAAUCGAAAGACAGAGAAGAAGCUUCGGAGAUUAAAAAAAUGCACGAAUUAAUCGAGAGAUAUAAACUCAAAGGACAGAUUAGAUGGAUAGCUGCGCAAACGGACAGAAAAAGGAACGGCGAACUCUACCGUUUCGUGGCCGAUACAAAGGGAGCUUUCGUUCAACCGGCUCUUUACGAAGCGUUUGGAUUGACGGUAAUCGAGGCCAUGAAUUGCGGUUUGCCGACUUUUGCCACUAGCGAAGGUGGACCAGCCGAGAUAAUUGUUGACGGGGUUUCCGGUUUUCACGUUGAUCCAAACAAGGGAGAAGAGUCGAGCGAUAAGAUUGCCGAUUUUUUUGUAAAGUGCAAGGAGGAUAACGAGUAUUGGAACCGGAUUUCGAUUCAAGGACUCGAGCGCAUAAACGAAAGGUAUACGUGGAAGAUAUACGCGAAUAAAGUUGUGAAUAUGGGAUGUAUCUAUAGCUUUUGGAGGAGGUUGUAUAAUGAUGAGAAGAAGGCCAAGGGGAGAUACAUUCACACAUUCUACAAUCUUCAAUUCAACAACUUGGUCAAGAAUCUGGACAUGAAAAAGGACGAAACUCGACAGCAAGAACCGAUUAAGGAGAAACCAAAGCCACAGCCAUCACAAAGGCGCUCGGAGUCGACGUUGAGAAGGUUAUUUGGAGGAGCUUGAAGAAAUCCCGGGAAAAUCGGAGCAGGAUGAAGAACACAACUUGCAGAAAAGCAUCUGUGAGAUGGAAGUUACUACAUAAGUUUGUUUACUUACAUUAACAUUGUCUAAAAUGGUGAUAUGUAAAUUUAAAAUAAAAAAUUAAAGAGAUGAUAUUAGUUCAUCAAG